AAUGUUUAAAAAUAUUUUGGGAGACAUAGAAGCAGGUGUAGAAAAGCCGCUGAAAUUCAAUCUGAUGUAUCCAUCAAUGUCUUCGUUAAACUUUACUGAAUUGGCUACAAGGCAUGGCUACGUAUCCGAGCAGCAUACAGUCAUCACUGAAGAUGGCUACAUCUUGACAAUGUUUCGAAUAACUAAAGGCAGACACUGCAGACGACUGAUAAGGAAGCCACCAGUUCUCCUGAUGCACGGUCUACUCAUGAGCUCAGAUAGCUUCUUGGAUUCAGGUCCCAACGCCGGCCUAGCUUACCUCAUAUCGGACCUCUGCUACGAUCUUUGGCUCCCCAAUAUACGAGGAAACUAUUACUCGAGACGACACAUCAACCUCGAUCCUGAUGUAGAUAAAGAUUUUUGGGAUUUCAGCAACUUAGAAUUUGGAUAUUACGACAUCCCAGCCUCCAUCGAUUAUAUUUUGCGUCAUACAAAGUCCACUAAACUCAACUACAUUGGAUUCUCGCAGGGGGGCGGCACCUUCGUCAUAAUGAACUCCAAAAGACCGGAAUACAUGAAGAAGACCGGUGUUGCCAUACUGCUAGCGCCCGGCACGAAGCACACCUAUACCAGGUCAACUUUGUUCAGGUUGCUCUGUGAAACUUAUCUACUAUAUUUUCCUCUCCUUACUGACAUCGGGGAGUACGAGGCUUUACCUUUAGGUGGAAUUGUGCAGAAAUUAUCUGCAUUCCUCUGCAAGGAUACACUUAUAGCGAGCUCAGGAUGCAGGCUGGCACUCGGUCUACUCUACGGCCCUCAUCCCGGCUCCAUGGAGACGGAGACGGUCAAGGUGCUUUUCCAACACUUCCCUGCGGGGACAUCGGUCAAAAACAUGGCUUGGUAUGGCCAGUCUGUAAACAUUGAUGAGUUUCAAAAUUUCGAUUACGGUGCCAUUAAAAACUUGCAAGUGUACGGCAGUGUACAACCUCCCGCUUUUAAUCUAAGUUUGGUGGAAGUGCCCAUCGUAAUUAUCCAUGGCAGGAAUGACUUCUUGGCGUCUCCGGCAGAUAUCGAGUGGUUGGCCAGCAAGUUGCCCAAUCUCUUAGAAGAUUUCUACGUGGAGGAACCGCUAUGGAAUCAUUUUGACAUGACUUACAGCCGCCUUACCAGUAAAUACAUAUUACCCAAAAUAAGUGAAUAUUUAAAAAAAUACAGUCAUUAAAAUUAAGAAAUAAAUCAAAAGGGUUUGAGUUUGUAACUCAAACUUAUCUACUUACCUUCUCCGACCGCUUUGU